ACACACUCUCAUCAUGGUCGAAAUCGAAUCUGGCCGCCGCUACUACAUCACCAACGCCAAGGCGGGCACGGUCAUUGACCUGAACGCGAUGGACAACUACACCAUCGUCGGCUGGAACAACAAGAAUGGGGACAACCAGAAGUGGGAGCUGCAGCGCUCCGAGAACGGCUGGCACAUCAAGAACGUCGGCAACGGGACGUACCUCGGCUUCGACGGUGAUCUGCACGAGGGCACGCGCCUGACGUCGUGGAGGGACCCGUGCGACUGGCAGAUCUGGAAGGAUGAGCAGGACCCGUCGGUCUACCGUCUCUUCAUCCCCAACACCACCCUCAACAUCGACCUGUCCGACCACGGUAACGCGCACCCUGGCACCGCGAUCACGCUCUGGGGCAAGUGGGAGGGCCGCCACCAGUGCUGGCGCUUCGACGAGGCUUGAGAUGGCCUCGUCGAGAUCCUCUAACGAGAAGAAAAGGCAUGUAACAUAGUGGUCUGAUGAAUGGACUGUAGCAUUUUUGGACGGAUAUUGGCUCGACUUUCUGGCC